CGUAAAUUUUUCUAAGUUCUAUUUGCACAAUCUACAAAGAAAAUGGAUCAUGGAAGUAAUUAUGAUGUGCCCAUCCACAGCGGCGGCACAAACGCCGCCGUCCAUCCAAUAAGACAGUCCAAGUUCUCACGCGCCGCCACCCAUUACUACCACCGCGUGAAGGAAAGCCUGGCCACCAGAACCACCAAGCUCGUCUGCGCCAUCGUCUUGGGCCUUCUCGCCAUCGUCACCCUCAUAACGUUCGUUUUGUGGCUGAGCCUCCGGCCCCACCGCCCCAGAGUCCGCGUCGAGGACUUCUCUUUCCCGGUUUCCUCCCGGUCUGGAAGCGGGCCCCAGCAGGGCGCGGCGGCGGAGCGGAUCAACUUCAACGUGACGGUGAGGAACUCCAACCAGGCUAUUGGGAUUCGGUACGACGCCGUUACGGUGGCGGUUACGUACGAGGACCAGGUCAUAGGGAACGCCUCGUUUCCUAAGCGGUUCUUCCAGCAGCCGAAGAACACGACGGUCUUUGCCGGUUCGAUGGGAGGGGCGGCGGCGCUGAACCGGACGGCGGGGCUCGUCGGCGGGGCGUCGCGUGGGUUGGUGCUUUUCCGGCUGGAGGUGACGUCGGGGAUUCGGUUUAAGGUGGCUAGCUGGUGGAGCACGAAGCAACAUAGGAUGCAUGCCAAGUGCAUGGUCGGCGUCGGAGAGGAUGGCAACAUUCUACCGGCAUAUAAAGACAAGAUUUGCCCACUUUAUUUCAACUAAUUGAACCUGAUUACAUUUAUUGCCAUGAAAAUUGCAAAAAUCAUGACACUCAACUCUCUUAUCUCAUAAAAUUUCCGACUCUUUCAAUUUAAUUUCUUUCAUUUUAAUUACAAAAUUGAAAAAAAAGUUGUUAAAAAGUAUACUAGCCUCCUUCUAAGGCCCCAUUUUCAAACUAUGGAAUUAGAAUUGAGGACUUCAAUUCCAAUUCUAGUGUUUGGUAGCACAAAAAUUAUGUAGAUUUAUAAUUGGUAGUGCAAAAAAUGAAUUGGAAUUGG